GAUCACUAUAAAUAGUUGUUGAUUGUAUUUAUAUUAGACUACAAUAUACUAUAUAUUAAUUGAUCAAGAUGAAAAUCAAGAAUUAUAUCAUCAUGUUCUUUCUUUGUGCGCUAAUUCUUAUCUCUGUUGUGGCAACUGAGUCAUUCAAAGAUGAGAAUAAAUUUGGCGCAACAGAAGAAUCCAAAACAAAAAUUAGGACAGAUGGUUGGAAAUGGGAAGACUUGGGAAACUGGGGAGGAUGGGGAUUAGGAGAAAAUGGAGGUCGGGGAGACAAAGAAGGUGGCCACGGCCGAAGCGGAAAAGACAAAGAUGGGAAAUGGGAAGACUUGGGAAACUGGGGAGGUUGGGGAUUAGGAGAAAAUAGAGGUCCAGGACAAAAAGAACGUGGAAAUGUACAGGGAGGAAGUGCACAAGCAGAAGGUGGAACUGGAAAAGAAAGAAAGGGCCACAGAAGUAGAUUUUCUAAUGGAGAUUCGAUAAAUUUGGGACAUUAUGGAGGUUGGGGAAGUGGCUUAAGAAGCGAAAAUGGAGGGCGUAGGAGACGCCCAUGAAAACCAUGAAUAAGGAUCCUCUCAAUUUCCCCAAAGAAAUGAUAUUGUCUAUUACCAUAGUUUUGAAAUAAAUAAGGAUAUAAAUGCAGAUCUUUCGAGAAUUGUUGAUAUUAUUUAAAUAUGUAUACACCAAAAUUUUAGUAAUUGUAGUUUUCAUUUCUUUGGAGAAAUGGAGAGGAUCCCUACUGGAAAACUAUACACACAUCCAUAUGUUGUAUACUAUAGUACAGUAUGUAAAAUAAAAACUCUCUACCUUACUACAUGGUAUGGUCUAUAAUAUGAUGAACAUAUUUACCAAAAUUCAUAUGUUUUUCACUGAUAUACUUAAAUGAAACUAUUUAUAUUAUCACAGUUAAAUGAA